GUUUUUCUCUUUCUCCCAAGUCCCCACCAUCACAGGAUUUUAAAACCUUCGUCAUGAAUCUCAUCACAUUCUUCUCAUACACCUUUUGCAUAAUCUAAUCUCCUCUCUCCCUUUUCAUUCUAUAUAUUCGUCUAUUGAAAAAACUUUCAAACUCAAUCUCGAUAUUUUCAAUGGCUAGUGCUUCCAUUUGGUCAUUCAUGAUGUUCAUGGCUUGUUUUUCUUCACUAGCCUUGUCUUCGUCUCAACUCCGUGUUCAAUACUCAACUAUAUCGGCUGCACGGGCGUUCUUGCCGACUGCUCCGAGUUUAUCUCCGGAAAUUGAGCCUCUGUUCCCUACUCCUAAAGGCAUGUCACCGGCUCCAGCUGAUUCAUCGUUCCCCACUAUUCCUUCGAGCCCCAGCCCUCCUGACCCCGACAGUGUGUUGGCUCCUGGCCCUGGUUUUGCACUUGCACCGUCUGGUUCUUUGCCGGUAUCCACUUCGGUUUCGGAUGGAGCUCUGAAACCGACGUUGUUGCUUGGUUUGGUGGUCGCACUUUGUUUAUUGCAGUAGGGUGGAAUGGAAACCCCAAUUAUUGUUACUAGUGGAGUACUGGUUUCUCUUUUUAUUUUCUUAAUAUUUUAUAUAGUGUUCCUUUAUUUUUGUUUUUGUAAUAUAUUACUUUUGUUUGAUGUUAGGUAAACCAAGUGGCAUUCCACAAACUGUUUUUUUUUUAUUCAGAUAGAAUAAAA